AUGACCCGGUUCAGAAAAACGGUUGUUCCUGCACGUCAGGCGUAUUUCAAAUUCGGCUAUUCCACUUUUGACACGGAGGUACGUUGGGUAGAUGAAACCGGGAUUGUGAAUAUGGAUCUUUAUACUACUACUCAGAUUCGCCUACACAAGAUGAUGAUUCGGUGGGAGGUGGGGAUAUUCUUCCGCUCUCUUCAAAAAUUUAUCCGAAAGAAAAGAGGUAGAUUCGAAAAUGAGAUACUUCCUAAUUCUUGGUCACAGGAACACCAGUUGAGAUUACGCAAGAAGGAAGGGCCGGGACAAGAGAUUUCGGUCCCCACACUUCUUCCACCCUCAACACCCUGUUGUCCUUGCAGUUCAUCAAGGGAUGGACUUCCUUUACUCGCUAGAUUCUAUUAUUUCCAUGCGCGAGCUAUUCCUCAUAGCCGACUCCUCCUCCUUCUUGAUAUCGAGGCUAGGGUAAUGAAUCAGUACGACUUUCGUGACUGCUUGGUAGCGAAUAGUACCCUAUGGCGUCAAGAUGCUGUCGGGUGCCUUCCAUUACAGGGCAUCCAGGAGUGCCGCUUCAUGACCGCAUUUAAGGCUCUCAUUCUAGCACUUUGGGUCUUGACUAGUUUCAGCCUUGUAAGACCAGUGCCCACUUCUGACUCGGGUCUCUACCAUACACCGCGGUCCGGGCCAAGAAGACUUUCUGAAGGAGGCCACCAUCUGGAGUACACUUGCAGACCUUCCGCGAGCCCCUUGUCUCAAAAAGACAGUCAAGAGAGGGAUCGCCCGGACUUGCAUAAGCUAUAUGAUUACUCACGGUUGACAAUAACGGAUACCUCAUCUCGACGCCCAUGGGGCAGCAAUUGUACGUGUGCUCACAAAUUGGUGGGAAUUCACCAGCCGCAUAGUUCGUCGAUCACCACUACGAAUAUGAUUCAAUACUACGUCGGGUAUGGUGAAGGGGGGAGCUGUACUUCGAUAACAUUGUGCUCUUCGCCCCGCUUGAAAGCCACGCAGGCAGACUAUGCAGAUGCUUGUCAAGUCCUAUUAGGCCAAGUGAAGAAGUUACUUGAGACUGGCCUCGCGAAACAAUACUCGGUUCAUACCCUACAAAUUCCCAGCUAUUCAGUUGAUAGGGGGGUUUCGCCAGAGGAAGAAGCGUUGCGAAACCUUCUCCCCCAGCUCGGUUGGCGAAAUGAUGGGACUCAGAUGCUGCACAUAUUGGGAGCACGGUUUGCAGAUUGGGAAUUCCUUUCUUACCUACUGUUCGAAUAUCAGAGCCAGUCGAAGCAGAGCGGACCCAAGCGCGCAGCAUGUGUGUUUUGUGCGAUAUGGCUUCCAGCCUGUGGAGCCUCUGAAAAUCUUGCUGUGUUUCCAAUGCUGCAACAAAAGAAUCAAGUCCCUAGGGCAAUUUCCCAGUCUGCGCUCGGAUUACCUGGCGGCGAUAUAAAGGUACGUCCGCCUGCGCACCAAUCAGCGGCCCGGGUCCUGCCUAAACAACAAUCGCCUCGCAAUCCAGAUAAGGUCAUCAACCAUUCGAUCAAUACCAUUCGCUGGCUCACUUGCGGUGUCACGCCCUCUUCCGCGCUUCGUACGGCUUGGGCGACGCUCAUUUCCUGGUACGUGGAUUCUCCAGGUGUAACACUUGGAGCUGUUAUGUCGUGUUAUCAAGCUCCCGUACCAGGAAUCGAGGACAACCGUCGACGAACUGUUGCAUCAAGUACAAGGACAGGCGAUGGAGAUGAUUCCGUUCGAGCAGUACGGCUUGCAGCAUGUUCGUCAAAUCAGUCAGGAGACCAAAUAUGCGAAAGCAUAGUUGAGAGCCUGGUCCUUGAAGACGGUCUAGAUGACCAAGAAACGGGUUCUGGCUCAGAGAACACAUAUGCCAUGAUGCUUACCUACCAAACAUGGGAGUCAAAGUUGGAAAUGCAGCUGAGCUUUGACUUGACCGUUGUCCAAAAAGAAGCUGCAGUACAGCUCCUUCAUCAACUGGAGCAUAUAUUAGGUCAAAUCGCCUCUGUUGGUAGACCGACAAACAUAGGCGAUCUCAGCAGAGUCAGCGAGCGUGACCUGCAUGACGUAUGGAAAUGGAAUGCAGCAAUGCCGGAGAGCAUUGACCUCAAGAAGGGUUUGUUCAUUGGUGAGGCACUCAAAGCUAGUGGUGUCGCCAAAGUUGAGAAAGUCCGAAGAGGGGAGCCUGAUAUCAGAGUUGGUGACCCCGGUAUCGGCAAAGGUACUGGCGCGUUGGUUUGGGUAGUCCCACCUCGUGCGCCUGACAAGUUGGCUGCCAUCGGAACCAUAGGAGAGUUGUGGAUUGGUGCAUUUGUCGAGGACCCCAAAUGGCUAUUGAAUGGAAUUCCUGGGCGAGGGCCUAGUCCCCGUGGACGACUCUACAGGACAGUCAUGAUCGGCAACGUAAUUGCGAGUGAAGGUGAGGUAUUCUGGAUGGUUAGCGACUCUCGUGGUGCCUGGCCUGGUGGUCCGUCAAUCCGGCCUUCGUAUACUCCGUACACCACUCUAAUAGAGCAAGAUGCGCUGCAUCGUCAUCCACAUCCAAAUGUCAAGGUACCUGAUACGCAACGCAAACUAAACACGAAAUCACGAAUGCAGGUACGACCCACAAGGCCGUCAGGGCUUAUGGGCCAGGCGGCAACGCUAAGGAUGUAUUAUAUCCAGAUGAAGCGCCACCUGGCGAUCCUCUUAGGCUCCUCCCUCUUAGAGACUCUCUGCCCCUCCAUCACUUUACCCCUCCAUCACUCUGCCACUUCAUACCGCGAUAUAUUGCAACUAGUUGUAAAAGCCUUGAAUAUCACACCCCACUCAUCAGAAAUAUACAACCCUUAA